AGACGGAUCUAGUGUCUUUGGGUUCCUCAGACGUGAAACUUGAAGUUCCAAGCUGAGAAAGUUUUGAAGUUCUGUAAAUGUGGCUCAGCGGAGCUGUUUUAGUUCAGAUUUUCUUUAAAUCUGAAGUUUGAAUUGGGUUUUUUAUUCUGUAAAUCUGGUAAAACCAAAUUGCAUAACAUCAGUUAAACCACAUUUUAACUGAAUACAUAAAGUUCACAAAUUUUAAUUUUAAAUGAGUUUUUCACAAUAGUUAAUGUUGGCAGGUUAAUUAUAAAUUAUACCUUUGAAACCCUAAAAUUUAAAAUCUUAAUAUGAACUAUUCUAAUGGAUAUGAAACAAUUCAGGAGGGAAGUGUGUACAGUAAUCAGCUUCAUUGUAUUCUAACUAUACAACUAAACCACCAGUUCCUCCACCAGGGGGCAGUAGUCAUACCUACAACUGGAAGAAGGUGCUAAUCCUGAUUUAAGAUCAGAAGUGGUUUCAAAUGAAUUUGAUCUAAUCAAAGUUGAAUACAUUAUAAAUUACCUUAAAUUGAACUUUAUUUGCUUUCCAUAAUCUUUCUGAGCCUUUGAAUUAAAAAAAUAACCCUUUCCACCGGCUGACACGCUAACCUCGCUCCCCAGCUCCAUGGCCACCUCCCUGGUGUUCCGACUUCAUGAUCGAGGUCCGGAGCUGCUGAGGGAAGUUCUUCUAGAGCGAGGAUGGAGGGAAUACGAUGGGCGGAGACACGGAGAAGAAGACUGGAACCUUUACUGGAGACGGUCUACAUUUCCCAGCUCAAAAUAUCACAACCUGCUGCCAUGGCAACGCCUCAACCACCAUCCCAAAACUGCUGGCAUCACAAGGAAGGACUCGUUGGUUCGUAACUUAAGGAGAAUGAGGGCAACGUUUGGUUCCUCUCUUUAUGACUUCAGUCCCACCACCUUCCUCCUUCCCAAAGACUCCACCCAUUUCUUGUCUGAACACAACAAGCUGGCCCGAGGACGACCGGUGUACUGGAUCUGUAAGCCAGUGGACCAGUCCAGAGGUCGGGGCAUCUUCAUCUUUGAGGACAUUAAGGACUUGGUCUACGACUGUUCGGUCAUCGUCCAGCGGUAUAUCAGCAGCCCGUGGAUGAUCUCGGGCUACAAGUUCGACUUGAGGAUCUACGUGUGUGUGAAAAGCUUUCAUCCGCUCACCGUUUACAUCCAUCAGGAGGGUCUGGUGCGUUUCGCCACUGAGAAGUACAGCCUCAGGUCUCUGAGCAACCUGUACGCCCACCUCACCAACACCAGCAUCAACAAGUCUGGUCCGUUCUACAAAUCUGAGAAGGGGAGGGUGGGUCAAGGCUGCAAGUGGACCAUGAGCAAGUUCAGACAUUUCCUUCAGAGCCAGCACAUCAACGAGCUUCUACUGUGGCAGAGGAUCAACAGCAUGGUCACGCUGACCCUCCUGACCGUCGCUCCGUCCGUGCCGUCCUGUCCCAACUGUGUGGAGCUCUUUGGCUUUGACGUCCUCAUUGACAGUGAGUUCAAACCCUGGCUCCUGGAGGUCAACUACAGUCCUGCCCUGAGAUUGGACUGCCAGGCGGACAUCUCUGUGAAGAAGGGGCUGAUCCACGAUCUGAUUGACCUGAUGAACUACACCUGGACUGACAGCUUAAGGGACAGAGCCUACCAGAACCAAAACCACAGACGGAGGCAGCCAUGUUUCAGCCGCUCUUUACACGUUUCUUUACCUGCCCUCUCCACGUGGAAAGGGCUCGUGGUUCAGAGGAAGAAGAAGCACAAGAACGCCUCUCAGACUCAGUCCAGACAUCGUGCUCUUGGAUUUGAUCACCCAAGCCUGAUCCUCCCUGUUGCUGCCAGGUACAAAACAAUUAACACCUCAGCAAAAGAAACCUGCACCGAUCCGACUGUAAACCGGAUCCUCGGCCCACCUUCGGACACUGAUGUGUCUGCUGUGAACAGACAGAUGGGUUCUGAUGUCGACUCCUGCCAGAUGAGAAAAAGCCUACGAGUUACUGAGGUCAGAAACCAAGACGACACUGAAACAGAAGCUGAGACGGUGCUCUCUGGUGAGGCAGACGGGUCAAAGUUCAAAGGAUCAGGUGAUUCCACAUGGCUCCCAAACAUUCACAGUGGGAGUCAGCAGCGUGUACUGCCUCGUGUCAGAAGACCUAAAGCCCAGAAUGGUCUAGAUGUUCCUCCAAUCAGAGUUGGAGGCUUCAUACGGACGUUCCCAUUCAACACAGCCACUCUGAAGGCCUCGCAGCACAAGCUGGACGUCCCGAUCAUCGCGCGGGAGCUUCAGAAGCUGACGAGUCAGCUGGCUUCAGGUCCAUCAGACGAGACAAGGUGGACAAAACAGGAUGAGAUGUAUGGAGAAGAGCAGUUUGAUUCACUGCUGUGGGGACCCAAGGAUCCUCCGCUUCUCAGUCGGAGUUUCAAACCAACAUAGAUCUAAGGACUGACCGACAAUCCACCCGUCCACGUAGAUUUAUUUAUAUAUUCUUGGUUUUGUUUGCUUUAUGAAAAAAUCUAGAUCUAACAGAUCUAACUGUAUCUCUAACCUACUAAAAACAUUUCAAAUAUGGGAAGAACUGGUACUACAUUGUAGUCCCAUCGACAUAUAUAUGUAGUCCUGAACAAGAACGGGUCUUUUUAAAUGAAACUUCAUUCAUUUUUGUCUAAAACUUUGUUGAAAGUUUAAAAAAGGCCUGUUUUUGAUAGAACAUCUUCUAUGGAUCUAGAACCCCCCCCCCAAGGCACUUUAGAACACAAUCAUUCACACACACACACACACACACCCUGGUGGU